AAAGAUCGAGUGCUAGGGUUUUGGGAAUUCCGAUCAGCGAUCAACGAUGCCGAAGAACAAGGGAAAGGGAGGCAAGAAUCGAAAGCGAGGUAAGAACGAGGCGGACGAUGAGAAGCGGGAGCUCGUCUUCAAGGAAGAUGGCCAGGAUUACGCGCAGGUGCUCCGCAUGCUCGGCAACGGCCGCUGUGAAGCCAUGUGCAUCGAUGGCAACAAGAGGCUAUGCCAUAUCCGCGGCAAGAUGCACAAAAAGGUCUGGAUCAGCACCGGUGACAUUGUUCUUGUUGGGCUUCGUGAUUAUCAAGACGAGAAGGCCGAUAUUAUACUGAAGUACAUGAGUGAUGAGGCGAGGCUAUUGAAGGCGUAUGGAGAGCUUCCUGAUAACAUCCGGCUUAAUGAGGGCAUCGCUGGAGAAUUCAAUGAGGAGGAUGAUGAUGGCGCUGGUGGUGAUUUCAUCAAGUUUGAGGAGGAGAACAUUGAUAAGAUCUAGAUGA